AUGAGUGGGCCUUCGAGACCUCACACAGGCUGUUGGACCUGCCGCCUGCGCCGAAAAAGAUGUGACGGCGCACUUCCUCAAUGUCAAAACUGUACAGGACUGGAUAUCACCUGUGACCGCUCUCCAACACGGCCAAUAUGGAUGGAUGGUGGACUGCGAGAGAAAGAGAAGACCGAGGCGAUAAAGCAGCAGAUCAAAGAUGGUGCAGUUGGCAGACGACAGAGACCAGGGAGAGAUCAAGCGGCAUCAAGCGGCAACUCCUCGACUUUCAUUGUCACAUCCCAAAAUGAUUUUGUCAAUGCAAGCUCCAAUGGCGAAUCUCCUCCAUCGUAUUCCCAAGUCUUCCUUUCAGCGCCAUCUACAAAUACAGGACCCAGUCAAUCGACUAUGGAAGAGAGAGUUGAUAUCACCAGACAUCUUAUGGAUGGGAGCUUGGUACCUUCUUCUACGGCAAUUGAACCACCAGACACUGCUGCUGAUGCAUGGGAACUUGAUUUCGUCAUGAUAUACAUGGAUCACGUCUUUCCAUACCUAUUUCCUUUUUACCAGCCCCCUUUAGUAGGAACAAGUCGCGCCUGGUUACUAUCAUUCGUGAAGCAAAAUGCCUCAGUCUAUCAUUCUGUCCUCAGUCUGAGCUCCUUCUUCUUCACCGUGGGCCACAAGGAGGUCUUUCAAGAUCGGCUUCAGUUGUGCCGCUGGACACUGUGGGACCAAGUAUCCAAGCGAGCUAAACUGUCAUUUGAAAUGAUACGCAAGGAUAUCGCCCUGCUGAACAAUCGUGACAACCCCCCUAGCUUGUUGCAAAAGGCACAGACGAUGGAGACGGUCGUUCAGAUGCUAAUAUUCGAUCAGUUUAUCGGCGGGUCUGACUGGAAUGUUCAUCUUACCAUAGCUAUAGAUCUGUUUGAAAACAUCUUUUAUGAAUCUUUUGCACGCGAUCCAAACAGCCCAGGCAUUGAAUGUAUAUUGAAACGAAUGAGCCUACCGGGACCCCGAGUGGUUGCGACUGAAAAACUUCUUUGGAAUGGCUAUCAAGCGGCGUUUCGAUUUUUCACGGCAAUUCUCAUACAAUUUGAUAUUAUGGCUAGUACCACUUUUGGGGGUCCGCCUCGACUACAUGAGAUUCAUUCAAAUAUACUAGGGGAUCUCCCGUUACAUGAGAUCGGAACUCCCCUGAAUCUAGCACAUUUCAUCGGCUGUGACAAUUGGGUGCUCCGUACAAUUGGAGAUAUAGCAACUCUGGACGCAUGGAAAAAGGAAAUGGAGCGAAAUCAGACGCUUUCCCAGCUGGAGCUUAUGGAGCGCUCCAAAGAACUUUUUACAACACUGCAGCAAGGUCUUGAUUCCACUGUCUCAAGUCAAUCACAUAUUAGGCCAACGGAUACCAAUUCCUGGCAUCUACAGCCAUUCUUUCGCUCGAAAUUUCAGCUUACAGAUCAUGGCCUGGGAGAGAAAUCAAAUCUGAUAUGGAUAUACGCGGCCCGAAUCUAUUUAUCUGUGAUAUCAUUCGGGUGGAAUCCACAUGAUCUACAGAUACAAAAUGAUGUGUCAGAAGCAACUGCAUUGCUGAAAAUUAUCGAAUCUCCAGCGCAGCUACAUACACUUCCAUGGCCUAUAUGCGUUAUUGGGUGUAUUGCGGGAACGCGCCCAGAGCAGGAAAUUAUCGAUUCUAUCAUUGGAAAGGCAGAUGAGUCACAGUUGAUGAACUCUGUUCGUGAAGCUGGGCGAAUUAUAAAGGAAGUGAGAGCAUCUGGUGUUUCCCAUCGAGAUAUUGCUUCUUGCCUUAAUGUCUUCGGUAAACCGAUGCUCUUAGUAUAA